AUGGCCGAGCAUUAUUGGACACCACCAUCCUUUGUCCACCCCCUCCCCGCACCACCCACACCACACACACCCAGAUGUUUUAGGAAGCAGCAGUUGUGGGAGGUGGAAGAAGAACUCAGCAGCAGUGCCUGGUUGCUGCGAGCAGCGGACGCGUCAGCUCCACCCGCCAUCUUGGCAACGGAGGUUUUCUUGGAGAAGGAGAAAGUGGCUCUGAAGUCACUUCUGGGAAAGGCUUUGGCGUCCGAGGGUGACGAAGGAUGGUUUUGCAACGACCGCUACCACAAGCAGAUGACAAAGGGUGCUGCGGAUGUGUGCGUGGAGGUCAUUGUUCCGGCCACGGACAAAGAUAUUGUGAAGAGGCGGAAAGCGGUGUUGCAGCGGGUAGGUGAAACACCUGCCUUGUACACAACCGUGACCAUUCCCACGUUGGUCAGCGGCGCUGAGAAGCGUGACACUUGGGUCGCCAACAUCAUCAAUGGACAAUCAGAGCAGGAGAAUGUUGUCACAGAAUUGUCUGGAGAUGGAUUGAUGGUGGUCAAGGAUUACAAGUGGCAGAAAAUGGAUGUUGUCGAUGACUUGUACUACUUGGCUCUAUUCUCCGACUUCUCCGUUCGAUCCUUGCGAGACCUGCGUGGUGAGCACUUGCCCCUCUUGAAACGGAUUCAGCAAACGGUGCUGAGCGGCCUUGCGGUGAAGCAUGGUGUUGCUCCAUCUGCUUUGUUGGCCUACGUGCACUACCACCCCACCUUCUGGUACUUCCAUGUCCACAUCGUAAAUUGCAAGCAUGCAAUGUUCCAGAGCGACAAAACCUCUGAGAAUUUGCUGCUGACUGCUAUGGAUCGCUACCACAAGCUUGACACCAUCAUAGCUUUGCUCGAAGCCAAGCCGAAUUACUUUGAGACCGCGGCUCUCACGAUCCUCGUAUCACCGCAGAGGGCUGAGGCGUACAGCGGGAAAGACGCGGAAGGUUCCUAG